AUGCUCAAACACGGAAGAGCCGGAGUUCUGAUGGAGGUGAUGGGUCUGAUGCUUGGAGAAUUCGUCGACGACUACACUGUCAACGUCAUCGACGUUUUCGCAAUGCCACAGUCCGGAACGGCGCUGAUUCAUGGUCUCAAUCGUCACUACUACUCGAUUCCCAUCGCCUACCGAACACACGAUCUCGAACAAAAGAUGCUUCUGAAUCUCAACAAAUUGUCAUGGAUGGACGCAGUGAGUGUGGAGAACUACACAAAGUGUGGCGAGGCAAACAAGGAUCAUCUGAAGGCGAUGCUGAAGCUGGCGAAGAACUAUAAGAAGGCGUUAGAGGACGAGAAGAACAUGACGGAUCAGGAGCUCGCGAUCAAGAAUGUCGGAAAAAUGGAUCCAAAACGGCAUAUCGCUGAUGAAGUGAGCAAGAUGCUCAACGAUAAUAUUGUGCAAAGUCUCGCUGGAAUGAUGGCCACCACUUCCCUCCAAUAA